GCCCGGAGCAUAACACUGGGAACUCAAAAUGGCGGCCUCCCUGCUGCGGUUAGGGCGACUCGGUUCCCUCAAGUGUCUCCAGUUGGAGAGCUGGGGCGUCCUGAGGAGCCGAUCAGCUGCUUCGUUCUGCACUGAGGCUGUAGCGCCCCCAAAGCCGGCGAAAAAGACAAAGGCUGCAAGUAAGACAGCAGAGGCUCCAGAUGAGAGAGCAACCUUGUUAGCCUACAAGACCGCAGUUGCCUUCCCAGUUAAACUUUCAGAGCCUGGAGUUUUCCCAGCACAGUCUGUAGAUGUAACUGAAGCAGUGGCCAGCCCCCCCACCUCCUACGAAGCUACUAUAGCUGCAACAGCUACAGCGCCCGUCACUGCUGCCUGUGAACCAGCUGUAGCCGAGCCAGAGGCAACAGAGGCUCCAGCUCCAGCUCCUGACCCUGACACUGCUCAGGCUAUCGCUGACACAGCUCCACCUGUAACUGACGCAGCUCCCACAGCUGCUGAGCCCCUGGUGGAUGCAAGCAGUAAGACCACAACAACAGACGACACUCCAGUUGCUGCCUCCACCACAGAUGAUGCAGUGCCAGCUGCUGCAGCCUCCUCUGAGCAUGGUGAUCCAGUUGCUGAUGGGUCAUCCUCCUCCUCAUCCAGUGACUCUGACUCUGACUCUGACUCUGAGGACGAGAAGUCAGAGUUGAAAACUGAAACCAAGAGCUCACCACCAGAGGUGUCAGAAUCCACUGUGAAAGGAGAAGCAGAAGUCCAGGAGGUCACAUCAGAGCCUUUAGAAGCUGAAGUGGCUGCUGAGGCUGCAGCUGAAGUGAAGGAAGACCCUAUUGAAGCUCAGGAGGAAGUUCCACCAGAACCUGAAGCUACUGUUGCCUCUGUUGCUGAGGCUGUACAGCAGGCUGCUCCAGCAGCAGCAGCGCCCACAGAAGCUCCCGGGAAGGCACCCAGUGUUAGCGCUGAGGAGUUAGUUGACUCCGCUCCUGAGGUCUGCACUGCCGCCGAAGAUGCUGCAGAGGGCACUGUGACCAGCCCAGAAGUUUCAGCUGAAGCAGUGGAACCAAGUCCAGAAGUCAUAGAAGACGUUCCAUCUCCUGUUGUUCCUGAGGCCCAAGUAGAAACUCCAGCUGCAACUCCAGAAAAAGCCCAGACUGACACUCCUGUAGAAACCACAGAGCCUUCCUCUGCUGAAGCCCUCGCAGACGCCGCCCCUGUGGAAGCUGUUCAAGCUGUCCCUGUGGAAGCUGCAGAGCCUGUGGAAGCUGUUCAAGCUGUCCCUGUGGAAGCUGAAGUGGCUGCUGAGGCUGCAGCUGAAGUCUCUGCCCCUGUGGAGAGCGCAGAGGAGCUGGUGGACCCUGCUCCAGUCGUAGCGGAAGCUGCAGGAGAGGAGCUGCAGGCGGAGGCCCCAAUUGAACCAUCUGAGGAGGCUGCAGCAGCGGCACCUCCAGAGCCAGAGGAGCCUUUUGAUAACAGCACUUACAAAAACUACCAGCACCACGGCUACAACCCCUACACAUUUGCAGACCUGGAUGUAGAGAUGGCCAAGUUUCGUCUCCCUCAGCCCUCCUCACUCAAACACUAGUGGAUGUGGCCUGGCUGCAAACCGUUUUAUUGUUUAAAGAUGAUGGUGACAGUGUUGUUUGCACCUCUUUGCAUAUGAUCAUGCUCCCACCUGUCAGAUCUGCAUGAAAUUCUGCUGUUAAAAUGUUAUAUUAUUAAAGUACACAACUGAGGAAUGCAGCCUG